CGAUAGAAUUCCAAGAGAUGGCUAAUUUUGUACAAGAUCCAGAUAAAAUUGAGAGGGAAAUGGUUCGCUUUACGGACGAGGAAGGCUACGGGAAAUUUUUGGAUAUGCACACUCUUUAUGAGCAAUAUGUUAAUUUGAAAGGAGUUAAGGUAUAUUUUUAUUUGAUGGAGUUUUUGAAUAUAUUGUGAGGUUGGACUGUGUUUGGCGUGACCUAGGUUUGAUUUAUCUAGAGAUCUGAAUCCAGACUUUGAUUUUUCGUGGAUC